AUGUUAGAGUCCGAGAAACUAGAAUGGCUACGCAAAAAUCAACCAAAGCUUCGAGUGUCCAAGUACAACUCUUUACAUGAAGAGGGCGACCAAAGUCAAGCUCCAGGUUUAAGCAUAGGUAAACGAGUGGUGUUGCCUUCGUCCUUUGUUGGCGGUCAUAGGUUUAUGGAUCAAUUGUACUGUGAUGGAAUGGCUAUUUGCAGUAAAGUUGGAUUUCCAGAUUUGUUUAUUACUUUUACCUGUAACCCGAAUUGGCCGGAGAUUCAAAGGGUACUUGGUCCUCUUCAUUUGAAGCCCCAAGAUCGGCCGGAUAUCAUUUCUAGAAUUUUCAAUAUCAAGUUUGAUCAAUUGCUUUCAGAUUUGACCAAAAAAGGUGUUCUUGGCAAAGUGCUGGCUUAUAUGUACACCAUUGAAUUUCAAAAAAGAGGAUUGCCUCAUGCCCAUAUAUUGAUCUUCUUGCACCCUUCAAACAAAUAUCCAAGACCGGAAGACAUUGACAAGAUCAUUAGUGCUGAAGUGCCCGAUCCCGAAACACAACCUCGGCUUUACAAUUUGGUCAAAUCUCACAUGGUUCAUGGUCCUUGUGGUUUGAAAUUCCAAAGUACAACUAUAGUGGACCAAGAAGGCUACCCGGUUUAUAGGAGAAGAAACAACGGACACACCAUUCAAAAGAAAGACAUCAUUUUUCAUAGUGGUCAUGUGGUUCCUCACAAUCCAAGUUUGUUGUUGAAGUACGAAGCCCACAUCAACAUGGAAUGGUGCAAUCAAAAUACUUCUAUCAAAUACCUUUUCAAAUAUAUUAACAAAGGGUCCGAUAGAAUUUCGGCAAUCAUACAAGCAUGUCGGCGUAUAUUUUCUUAUUCUAUACAUGGCAGAAAACCAGCCGUAGAAAGAUUGUUUUUUCACAUGGAAGGUGAAAACUCCGUGUACUACAAAGACUACGAGCAGGUUGGUGAUGUGUUGCUUAAACCAAGUGUAACAGAGUCCAUGUUUACAACCUGGUUUGAGGCAAACAAAACUUACGAGGAAGCAAGAUUACUAACUUAUGGUGACUUUGUUUCUAAAUUUGUUUAUCAUAAACGAAGUCGAAGUUGGAAACCAAGGAAGCGAGGGUAUACCAUUGGUCGAUUGAUUUGGGUUCCGCAAUCCACUGGCGAGUUGUUUUAUUUAAGGAUGAUGCUUACCGUCAAAAAAGGGCCGUUAUGCUAUCAAGACAUAAAAACGGUUGAUGGUAAGAAGUGCAAAACUUUUAGAGAUGCGUGCUUUGUGAUGGGAUUUUUACAAGAUGAUCGUGAAUUUGUCGAGGCUAUCAAAGAGGCGCAUCUUUGGGGGUCGGGUCCCUUUUUACGCAAACUAUUUGUGACAAUGUUACUUUCCGCAUCCAUGAAUAGACCUGAACAUGUUUGGAGAAAGACUUGGAGAUAUUUAUCGGAUGGUAUUCUUUAUGAUCAACGGUUAUUGGCAAGAAAUCAAGGUUUGACAAUGAGCGAUGCCGAACUAAAGGAACGGACACUGAUGGCUAUUGAAAUACUAUUGCAAAAUAAUAAUCGUAGCUUGAAGGACUUCAAACCAAUGCCAGUUCCAAAAGAGGAUGUCGUUUUCUUUACUGGAAACAGAUUACUUUAUGAUGAACGUCAAUAUGAUGUUGUUGAACAACAACAAAUUUUUGAACAUUUGUCCGCUUCUCUUACAGAUGAACAAAGAGGAAUUUUUGAGGAAAUCAUGGAUGCUGUAGAGAAGCAACAAGAUGGUGUUUUUUUUCUGUAUGGCUACGGUGGGACUGGUAAGACCUUUAUGUGGAAAACUUUAUCAGCAGCACUAAGGUCUAAGAAAAAAAUUGUCUUGCCUGUUGCUUCAAGUGGGAUUGCAAGUUUGUUGUUACCAGGUGGAAGAACAGCUCAUUCUAGGUUUAAGAUUCCAGUUCCUACUCUAGAAAAUUCUAUUUGCAACAUUGAAAAACAAGAUGAUCUUGCUGAGCUUCUAAAGAUGACAGAUUUAAUUAUAUGGGAUGAGGCUCCUAUGGAUAAUAAAUUUUGCUUUGAAUCUCUCGACAAAUCCUUGAGAGAUAUUAUGAAUGGAAUCCCACAUGCAUCUAGGAAAGUUUUUGGUGGUAAGGUUGUUGUUUUUGGUGGUGACUUCAGACAAAUUCUCCCAGUUAUACCAAGAGGAACUAGAUCAGACAUUAUCCAUGCAACCAUAAAUGCUUCUUAUAUUUGGGAUCAUUGUAAGGUCUUGAGGCUUACAAAGAACAUGCGCUUGCAAACUGGUGAUAAUGCUUCUUCUACAGCUGAUGACAUAAGGAGCUUUUCUGAGUGGAUUUUAAAAAUUGGAGAUGGGACCAUGUGUGAGCCAAAUGAUGGUUAUGCUGAUAUUUGUAUUCCAGAUGAGUUCUUAAUUUCUAACUUUUCUGAUCCCAUCAAGGAAAUUGUUGAAGAUACAUACCCUGAUCUCAUUCAUAAUUAUCUUGAUUCCAAUUAUCUUCAAAGUCGUGCGAUCUUGGCUUCAACAAUUGAGGUUGUUGAUGAUAUCAACCAAUAUAUCACAAAUAUGCUUCCAGCAGAAGAGAAAGAAUACUUCAGUAGUGAUUCUAUUGAUAAAUCUGAUGCAACUAGCUUUGAUGCAUAUGAGCAUGUGACACCUGAAUUCCUAAAUGCUCUCAAAACUUCGGGAUUGCCUAACCAUUCAAUCAAGUUGAAAGUUGGUGCCACUAUUAUGUUAAUGCGCAAUCUAGAUCAGUCUGAAGGAUUGUGCAAUGGUACAAGGCUAACUGUAACCAGGCUUGCUAAUCAUGUCAUUGAAGCUAAGAUCAUUUUUGGAAAAAAUAUUGGUAACUUAUUUUAUAUUCCUAGAAUGUCUCUAUCCCCCUCACAAUCCCCAUGGCCGUUUAAAUUGGUAAGACGCCAGUUUCCAAUUAUUGUUUCAUUUGCCAUGACUAUUAAUAAAUCCCAAGGGCAAUCACUUGAUAAUGUUGGUUUGUAUUUGCCUAAAGAAGUUUUUAGUCAUGGGCAAUUAUAUGUGGCUAUCUCAAGAGUCAAAGCGAAAAAGGGUUUAAGGAUUCUUAUUCAUGACAAAGAUAAACAACCUAUGAGCUCUACCACCAAUGUUGUCCAAACAUUCACUUCAUUUUUGAAUUUCAGGCUGCAGCCAAUGUUGUAUUCAAACAACCGUUCCAUAACAUUUGAAAGGUCCAGGGAUUAUUUGAAGAUGAUGGGGUCUCUGAGAUCAUGUAUUGAAGCUCUGCAAGUAUUCCCAAAGCUAAGUAGAUGUUAUCACAAUGCAGACAUUAUAACUCACGGUCCAGAUAGAGAUAUACAUGGGAGGACUGCACAGCACACAUCCGUGCGGCGUGAACGGACACGUGUAGUAUCUCAGGUGACUGAUGGAGCUAUUGUUCCACCUGAUACACCCGCUCCAAUCGGGCCUUCUACAUCUGUCCCAGUUGAGGGGCUCUCUACGCCUGUUCCAGUUGAUACAUUCGCUCCAGUCGGGCCUUCUCCAUCUAUCCCAGUUGAGGGGCCUUCCCUGUCUAUUACUACUUCACGAAGACCCCGGGAUGAUGCUGAGGGUUCCUCACAAAUGCCCCCCCCCCCCCCCCGCAGACGUCGUCGUGGCACUUCCUUUACUCCUAUGACUGUGCCAGUGACGAGUGAUACAGGAUCUGUUGUGCCACUUCCAGCGGGACACGAGGAUGAGCCGGUGCCAGAGCCUAUCUGGUAUCCUGGGGGUCCUAUAGACGCAUCUCUUUUGACAGGGUAUACCGAUCAUGCAGAUAGGCGUAUAUGGGACGGAGAGGAUAGGGAUCCGCAGAGGUUCUACAACCACGGCCGGAAGAUUGCGAGUCUUGUGCAACCUGACGAGUUGUAG